AUGGCUCGGUUGUGGCUUGUGCUUGUGAUUGUGAUCGCGCUACGAGCGGCCAGCCCCGCGCGUUUUCCGAACAUUCUACCUACUGGCGGUUGGUGGUCAAGUGGUGCUAGCGAGGUGCAGGUGGUGUACUUGCCAGCUUUACUUCCUCGCGAGGCGCAGGCGGACGGGGAGGACCAGCCCAAUGAUGUCCCCCUGCCGUAUAGCUUUGAUGCUUUUGGAAGGAAGUUUGAUUUACAGCUGGUGCCGAACAGGCGGCUGUUGUCGAGGUCGUUCCGCGUGUUCGCCGGCGCGGGGGAGGAGGGGAAGUUGUCGGCGGUGGAUGCGACCUGCCACUACAUACACACGUCCCCCGGUGCGGUCGCCGCGUUCAGCGCGUGCAGGGAUCAUGCGCUUCACGGCCUGAUUGUCACCAAUAACUCGGCCUACGAAGUGCAACCACUGAAGUCUGGUACCGGCAGAGCCGCGGAAGACGAUGGACGGACGGCUCACAUCAUCCGUCGGGCUACUCCUCCCACUCCCCCUCAUGAUGAUGACAGGCCCUUACGGUAUAGGGUCCGACAUCCAAGAGCUUGGCCCAACAGACCUCCCCCUAAGUCCUACACUGUGGAGGUAGCACUAUUCCUGGAUGAAGCCGCCUACAAAAUAUUCUAUCCGUUGAUGAACUACAAUGAAGCUGAUCUGCGGGAUAUGCUGCUGGCUUAUAUAAAUGGGGUGCAAGCGCUAUACCACCACUCCUCCCUGGGCACGGCGAUCCAACUAUCCCUAGUGCGGCUGACGCUCCUCCGGUCUCAACCCAGUGCGCUGCCGGCGCACGCGGAGCGCGGCCGCCUUCUCGACUCCUUCUGCGCGUACCAGCGAGACUUGAAUGUGGAGGAUGAUGAUGAUCCUCAACAUUGGGAUAUGGCGCUGCUGCUUUCUGGGCUAGACUUCUACUCCGACGAGGGUGGGUCUAUAAACACGGUGACGAUGGGCCUGGCACCGGUGGGCGGCGUGUGUCUGCCGGCGCACGCGUGCGUUGUCUCCGAGUUCGGGACGACGGACCGCCACAAUCGCCCAUAUCCUUCCGCUGGGUUUACUUCCGUGUACAUCCUGGCGCACGAGAUUGGACACAACCUGGGCAUGCACCACGACGGUUCCGGCAACUCGUGUGCUCGUGAUGGGUACAUCAUGUCGCCGUCGCGCGGUACACACGGCGAGGCCACGUGGUCGCCCUGCAGCGCCAGGGUUGUUGCUGAUUUGCAAUGGGCGACAUGCCUGUUCGACGGCGACGACGAGGCCGCACCGAGCGAGUUGGCCCACGAGCGGUACCACGACGCGCCCGGACAGCUGUGGGGAGCCAAGAAACAGUGCGAGGUGUUACUGCGGGACCGCGACGCGGCGCCGACGGGCGGGGGUCAGUGCGCGCAGCUCGCGUGUCGCUCCCCGCACCGACCCGGACACUACUACGCCGGCCCCGCGCUGCCCGGCACGCCCUGCGGUCCGGGGAAGUGGUGUCAAGGCGGCGAGUGCGUCGCUCAGUCCACCGAAUCUCGACCAUCAUCAGAAAAAACUUCCACAUCUGGCAAUUGGGGGUCUACAACCACCCCCGGCACAUGGGGGUCCACGGAGACCCCGGCGGGGACGUGGGGCGAGUGGCAGGCGAGCACGUGCCGGUCGGGGUGCACGGUGCGCGGGCGCGGGGCGAGCGAGCGCCGCCGCAAGUGCCCCGACGCGGAGUGCCAGGGCUCCGCGUAUGAUGUUGUGCUUUGUGAUGAUACUAAGGUGUGCGGCAAGAAGAAGCGGUCAAGCGCGAACGAGUUGGCAGCGCGACGCUGCUCGGAGUACGCGGCCAAGCUGCCCGAGCUGGACCCGCGGGGUGGGGGUCUACAGGCACCCCACGAUCCCACGCGCAUGUGGAUGGGUUGUGCGGUGUUCUGCCGGCGCGCGGGCGGCGGGGGUUUCUACGCACCCCGCGUGGAGCUCAACGGGGUCGGCCUGGACCCCUACCUGCCUGAUGGUACCUGGUGCCAUCACGACGGCCGUACACACUACUACUGCAUGCAGCAUCACUGUCUACCAGAGAACUUCAAGAUAUCCGCCCAGUUUCACAUCUGGGAGCUACCCAGUGAGGACAUCGGGGGCUCCUUCAACGCCCGAGCCCGGUCUGACGACAGCGAGAUGGCAGCAUAUAGAAGCUACUUCUCAUUAGACGAGAGCGGGAAACCCUUCGCCCGGUCGGUAAUGGCGCCUCAAGUUCCAGAGGAGUCGGAGAAUGACUGGGAGGUUAUGGACUAUGUGGAGAUUGAUAGGAAUGAUACUAUGGUUUAGUGGUAGUGUUGGUAACGUAGCGGAGUCGGUAUCAAUGUAUUUCGGCGCUGGACCAGCAUUUAGGUGACGCAUAACUUUGAGAUCGUUAGCAAGAUGGCUUACAAAUUUUGCCGU